AGAGAGAGAGAGAGAGGAGAGUCCGCGGAGGAGAAAGGAGGACAGAUCGGAGGCAGGACGCAGGAGGCGCUCGGCUCCUUGCAGUCAGGACGAUGCUGCGCUGACAUGCGGACCGUCGGCUCGCUCUGAUCCGCUCCCGGCUCCAUCCACACCUGCCCGACUCUACUGCAUCUUCUCCUCCUCUUCCUCCUCCUCCUCCUCCUCCUUUUUUUUGUGUGUCGGACCGGCUUCUGUUCGCCAUGCCGCCGGCCGCCCGCUCGCUCGGCUGCCGACUCCGCACCGCCUUCCCCGCGGUGCUGUGGAUCGGGCUGCUGUGGAGCUCCGUCUCAGCAGGAGAUAAACAAGUCCCCACAGCCGCCCCCUCCUCCUCCUCCUCCACCUCCUCCUCCCAGUCUCCAGUGGUGACACCAGGGAGCACAAAGGAAAGCAGCCCUAAAGGCAAAAGCGCCAGCGUCCUGGCUGGAGGUUUGCUCCAGUCAGUGCUCACCCAAAAAGGACGACUUGUCUCCCAAAAAGGGGAGACCCUCCCCUCCGCUCUGCCCCAGAACCUGCUCCCUCUUCUGGGCAGAGGACUCAGCGUCAGCUCCCUCUCUGGAAGUCAUUCCCUGGAGCAUCAAAGCGGGGGAUUACUGAGGAGGGUAAAACCCCCGGCAUCAGCUGCGGUGUCAGGCCGAGGCAGCGAUCCAACUGAGACUCUGCCGACAGACACACACUCCCAGCAGCCUCACACACAGACACACACUCCUCCUGACGAGGAGGCCGAGAUCACCACCGUGGGCACGAUGCUGGACGUGGAUGCAGAGACAGAGGCGCCUCCGUCAGCUUUGUCGAGCUGCAUGGUGAAUUUCUCGGACCCGGAGGGAUACAUCGACUCCUCCGAUGACCCCCCGCUGCCCGACGGCACCUUCUUACACUGCACCUACACGGUGACGGUGUACACCGGCUACGGGGUGGAGCUGCAGGUGAAGAGCGUGAACCUGUCGGAGGGCGAGCAGCUGUCCAUCAGGGGCGCAGAUGAACGUGGCGCCCUGCUGGUCCUGGCCAAUCACACGCUGCUGGUGGAGGGUCAGGUGAUCCGCAGCCCCACCAACACUCUGUCGGUCUACUACCGCUCCAUGCCGGAUGGCAGCAUGGGCAUCUUCCAGCUGCACUAUCAGAUCUUCAGGCUGAGUUGUUCCCUACCGAAGAGGCCUCACUACGGGGAGGUGUCCGUGCUGGACCUGCUCCCAGGAGGCACCGCCCGCUUCCACUGUCACAUGGGUUACCACCUGGAGGGCGAGACGCAGCUCACCUGCCUCAACGCCUCGCUGCCGGUGUGGAGCGGCAAGGUGCCCACCUGCAGGGCUCUUUGUGGAGGCACAGUGAAGAAUGCGACAGUCGGCCGGGUGCUGUCUCCUUCUCCCCACCACGGGCCCAACGCCACCCAGGACCGCUCCUGCUCCUGGUCCCUGGAGGCGCCGAAGGACCAGCGGCUGCACCUCCACCUGGAGAGGCUGGCCUUGGAUUCCACUGACAGGCUGGUGCUGUGGAGCGGAUUAGACGCUGGCUCUGUGGUGCUGUUCGACUCGGGUCGGGGCAGACAGAUACCUUUUGAGGGGGUGAUCAGUGAGGGUCCGGCCGUCAGGAUCCAGUUCAUCACCGAUAAGCCGAACCACAACACGGGAUUCAACAUCCGCUACGAAGCUUUCGAGCGAGGCCACUGCUACGAGCCUUACCUCCAGAACGGAAACUUCACCACCUCCGACCCGCUGUACGGCGUCGGCGCCGUGGUCCAGUUCACCUGUGACCCGGGACACGCUCUGGAACAAGGGCCCCCCGUCAUCGAGUGCAUCAGCGCGAGGGAUCCAUACUGGAAUGACACGGAACCGCUGUGCAAAGCACAGUGCGGAGGCGACCUGACCGGCCCGGGUGGCGUGAUUCUGUCUCCGAACUGGCCGGAGUGGUACGGCGAGGGGGAGGACUGCAGCUGGAGGAUUCACGUCGGGGAGGACAAACGAGUGCUGCUCGACGUUCAGCUGCUGAACAUCAGUGACAGCGACAUGUUGACCAUCACCGACGGCGAUGAGGUCACGACUCGUAUCCUGGGGCGCUACGUCGGAGGCAGCAGCCCCUUCAAGCUCUCCUCCACCACCCCUGACCUGACCGUCACCUUCCACUCAGAUCCAGCCGGGCUCGUGUUCGGCAAGGGCGAGGGCUUCAUCAUCAACUACAUGGAGGUGUCCCGAAAUGACUCCUGUCCGGACCUGCCCGAGAUCCAGAACGGCUGGAAGACGACGUCCCACAUUGCGCUGGUGCGAGGGGCUCGGAUCACCUACCAGUGCGACCCCGGAUACGACCUGGUGGGACGAGAGACCCUCACCUGUCAGCUGGACCUCUCCUGGAGCUCACAGCCCCCCUUCUGUGAAAAGAUCAUGUACUGUUCAGACCCCGGUCACGUGGAGCACUCCACCCGGUCUCUGUCCGACCCAAAACUCCUGGUGGGGACGACCAUCCAGUACAGCUGCAACCCCGGCUUCAUCCUGCAGGGCGGCGCCACCAUCACCUGCUACGGUCGAGAGCCGGGGACCCCCGUGUGGACGUCUCGACUCCCCCACUGUGUCUCUGAGGAGUCUGUUUCCUGUGAGAACCCCGGUAUCCCUAACAACGGCUACCAGAUCCUGUCCAAGAGGCUUUACCUGCCCGGCGAAUCACUCACCUUCGUCUGUUACCAAGGUUACGAGCUCAUCGGAGAGGUGGCGAUCAAAUGCAUCCUAGGAAACCCGUCGUUCUGGAGCGGCCCGCUUCCACUCUGCAGGGCCAACCAUGACUGCUUUGACAACCAUGCUUUGGAAGUUGCAGAGGCGACUGCAGGCUCCACCCUGGACGGAGGGAACAUCGCGCUGGCCAUCUUCAUCCUCGUCCUGCUGCUGUCCGUGCUGCUCGGAGGGGUUUACGUCUACGUUACGCGGUGCCGGUAUCACUCCAACUUAAGGCUUCCUCUCAUCUACCCCCACCCGUACCGACAGAUCACUGUGGAGACAGAGUUUGACAACCCGCUCUACGAGACAGGAGGAGACACUCGUGAAUAUGAAGUAUCGAUAUGAGAGGCCUCGCAAGAAAAAAAAAAAGAGACAUUUCUAAACCGAGACCGACCGCCCCGUCCCUAACUCUUCAUCCUCUCCUCCCUCCUUCUCCGCCCAGGAGGAGGCAAUGUAAAUACAAAAAUAGAUGAUGUCCAGCCCCUUCUGCCACGAGACGCAGCGAUCGAUCCUGUUCUCUCCUCCUUUUGACCAGACGGCUUCUGAACGACAUGAGGGGAGGAAAACACGAAGCAGGAGAGGAGGUAGAUGAGUCGGUGCUGAGGAACUGAGUGGAUCAGUGUCGCUGGGAGAUGAUGGGAGAUGGAGGACGGAGGGGAAUAAACCCAGAGAUCAUCUACGAAAAGAGAUGCUGGGUGUGAAAAAAAGAAAUUAAGGAGGGGAGAAGGGGAAGGAGUCGGGGACACGACACAGCACGAGAGGACUGAAGCACUUUUUAUUAUUUUCUUGUCAUAAAAAAAAAACUUUGUUGUCAUGUGUCAGAAGUUAAAGUUGUAAUCCUUAAGAUUUGCACAAAGUCAGAAUCCAUUUUUGAUUCUGUUUGUGGUUGGAUUUUAAACUGGCCAACCAAACUUUCUAGGCCAACCUGGAAGUUAGCGAUACCCAAAUUUUUUCAUUGAAUUCUGGAUAACUCCAAAAAACGAGAUCUGUAACGAGCCAAAGUUUAUGAUCGUUACAGCCGCGUCACACUGACAAACUAGUUGUCGUGAAGCCUCUCAUGUCUAAAAACCUGCACUUGAACGCACCGUGAGGACUAACUGACAGCAAGCUAUCUUAGAAUACAUGAUUGAAAGCUGUAAAUUGCAACUGAAAGCAUUAAAUCGUGACGUUAAGCUGACGAAUGGCAGUUGCGAUGGAUCGACGUAGGCACGGCGUCGAUAUCACUCGACAUCUCGCCAAAAUCUUCCCAAUUCUGCAAACGCUCCUCAAGCUUUCCCUUUAUUUUUUUUGAUUCUCUUCUCAUUAAACCAACUCGCUUAGCUGAAAAACUAGUUCUAUCUGUUCUAAAACUAUCCGACUCUCGGCCUGGUCUCUGAGGACACCUCGUGUUCACGUAAUCUCCACAGAUGAACACCACUUUUAUGUUAGUUGAAGCAUAAAUCGCUAGAUGUAAAAAGCUAAUGUUCAGCUUGAGUUAGAAUAGUUUGUAAGUCGCCGCUUAGCCACUUGUUAUCAACAACCUCUUUUUUAAGACACGUGAAAGCUCGAUAAUUCAUGAGUUGGAUAUUUACUGGCAUAUUUUAUGGUGCAGAAUAAAAAGGGAAAAUCGUAAUGGACAGUGUAAAAACAACUGUUCAAAAUCCAGACAGCAGACUGAAGCCUACAUUACCCACAAUGCAACUGGAGCCACAAAAGCCUCUGAACUGCGUUGUUCACAUAUACAGUGGAACUCCAAACACCUGUAAAUACACUUGAAUGUGUAAAUUGGCGGACUUUACCUUUAAUACAUACAUCCACGGACUGAACACCAGGACUGAAAUCUUAAGGAUUGCAACUUUAACGGUUUUGCUUGAGUUUUUGUUUUUGUUUACAUCUCCACAUCAUGAGUCUCCAUCGUUUGGCACCAAAUGAGAGUAACAGGAAGUAAAUAAAGUUCAGCAGCUUCCUUUUUUUCACCCUCAGUUCCUUGUUAGCAGGCCGUCAGCUGUCUCCUGUCCCCGAACUCCCUCCCGCCUGCAGUCCACCUUCAAGGCUUUUUACUCCAGCCGGUCCAGCUCCGGCCUUAGCUGUAGUUAAUUGGUAUGUAAAUCUAUGACUUCAGGGCCGGUGCAGUGCUGAGGUCUUAUUUCUCACUUGUAGUUAGAUUGAUGACUGUCGUAGAUCGGCCUUGGAGUUACCCGGGUCCGGACCGGCUGAUGGUUAAAAAGGAAAAAAAAACAAAAAACAUGCGUUGUUGCAGAUGUGGAGGUUUGCGAUGUGAAUAGCGUAGCUGUUAGUUAACUGACCGAUCUUCGAGCUCGAGCUCAAUCAACCCACCAGAUGAUGUAUUUAUUUUGAUGUACUGUACAUGUGAUGUUUUAUGCAGAUUGAUAAAUGUACAUUUUCAUGACGAGAAGACAAAAUGUUACCAGUUUCCCUAAAUAAAUGGUAAAACUUGAAUAAAAAAAGUACAAAAGACUUUGUAAAUACUGAGGCGUU